AUGCGCGUCCCCCUCGGAUGCUUCCGCUCAUUCCUUUGCCCUGCGCGUAUCACUCCCCGAAUCCUCGCUCUAUACUGUCUCUUGUUCCUCUCUGUCACCGUGACUCUGGGUUUCAAGAUGCAUUUCAAGUCUUAUGCGAAGGCUGCCCUGUAUGGGCUGCCUGCCCUUGCCAACGCUAUGCCUUCAGCCUCACCUUCCCCCGAUGUGUCUUUGGCCUCGGGCAGCGCCUCGAGUGACAGUGGUCACUUCACCGAGUACACCAUCAAGGCCGAGAACAUCACUGCCACGCUCAUCCCUUACGGAGCGCGCCUCACCCAUCUCCUGGUCCCUGACAGCAAUGGCAACAACCAGGACGUCGUGGUUGGCUACGACAACCCUAAAGAAUACCUGCACGACAGCGAAACCAACCGUACCUUCUUCGGCGCGGUCGUUGGCCGCUAUGCAAACCGCAUCAAGAAUGGCACCUUCUCCGUUGAUGGCAACACCUACCACAUCCCUGAGAACGAGCACGGCGGCUUGGACACCCUCCACGGUGGCCCUGUUGGCUACGAUAUGCGCAAUUGGACCGUUACCGCCCAUUCUGAGUCUUCUAUCACCUUCACCCUGUUUGAUGAAGGUUUCGAGAAUUUCCCUGGCGACGUGAUCAAUCAUGCCGUAUUCAGUGUCUCGACCGAGAAGAGCUCUGAGAACCCCAAGGGUCUACCGCAACUCACCACCAAGCUGGUUUCCCUGGCUCUGACCGAGAAAACCCCCAUCAUGCUUGCCAACCACAUCUAUUGGAACCUCAAUGCCUUCAAGAACCCCACUAUUCUGAAUGAUACCAAGUUGCAGUUGCCCCUCUCUGAGCGCGUCAUUGCUGGAGAUCCCAUUUUGAUUCCCACUGGGGAAAUUCUUGACGUAAACACUGCGUUUGGCGGCUCUUUGGAUUUCACUGAGGGUAAGCUGGUCGGUCAGGACCUUUCAGAGAUGACGGGCGUGUGUGGUGCGGGUUGCACUGGUGUUGACACUUGCUUCAUCAUUGACCGCCCGCCUGCCUAUGCUGCCCCCGACUCGAUCGUCCCCUCGGUCCACCUGUCCUCGGACAAGACCGGCAUCACUCUUGAUGUUGCCACCAACCAGGCUGCACUGCAGAUCUACACGUGCAAUGGCCAGAACGGGACCAUUGCCACCAAGGAAUCUCAGGCCAAGCGCAACAAGGAGCAAGAUGGCGAUGCCGGUGCUGCGUACGUCAACCAAUACGGCUGCAUCGUCAUCGAAACGGAGGAUUGGAUCGAUGGAAUCAAUCAGCCUCAGUGGGGUCGUCUGCCUUACCAGAUUUUUGGGCCUAAUGAUGGCCCUGCUGUCAACUGGGCUACUUACCAGUUCGGCACGCUUUAA